UUUAACAACUUAAAACACGCUUAAUUCUUCUUUAUUAAUUCUUACAUUUGCAAACUUUUACCUUUCUCAAAACCAUGUGAUACGAAUUGACCAAUCGAAUUGUCUGAUUUUUAAACACCCAUAUAUAAGCUUCCAGACGGACGACAUCAAAUGCGAUGCAAUUGAUAGACGCUAAUGGAGAGGCGGAAAAUCUAACAAAAGUGAUGGACCCAAAGAGCCAUCCGGCGCUGAAAGGGUACCAGCAGAAUGUGCAAAACGUCGACGCAGGGGCUAAUGGAGAUCUUGCUAGUGAAAGUUCCAGUAACCCAGACACUGGUGAUACUGGCAAUACUACCAGUGUCAAGGUUACUGGAGAUGAUGAGCAAGUGAAGUCUAUGCCACAGAAACCGGCUGGACGGCUUACAAAUCAGCUGCAAUUUCUUUCCAAAGUGGUCAUGAAAACUGUGUGGAAGCACCAUUUUGCCUGGCCUUUUCAAAACCCUGUGGACUCUGAAAAGCUAGGUCUUCAUGACUACUACAAAAUUAUCAAACAUCCCAUGGAUCUUGGAACAAUAAAAAAGCGAUUGGAAACAAAUUAUUAUCACAGUGCGAAAGACUGCAUUCAAGAUUUCAGUACCAUGUUCACAAACUGCUAUGUUUACAAUAAACCUGGAGAUGAUAUUACUCUUAUGGCACAAACAUUGGAAAAAUUAUUUCUUCAGAAGGUUGCACAGAUGCCUCCAGAGGAAACUGAAAUUCAGCCACCAGUCAAAAAAACUCCAGGUCGUAAAGGAUUGGGUCGUGGGGCUAUCAUUAAUAGAGGUUUACGUGUGCCUGGUUCUAAAGAUGGUCCUCCACCAUUGGUGGCAAAGAGUGUUGAUUCUCGUAUCUCAAAAACUGUAAAUGCACAAGGUCUCAAAGGAGCUGGAUUGACUGGUGUUAAAAGUGCUGUGACACCAGACAUUAAGAAUUCUGAUGCAAAUGCACCCAAAACUGGUGGCAUCAUUAGUCAGAAAAGUGUUGGGACGCCAGCACCAAAAACAGUUGGUUCUUUAAGUUCCAAAGGAACUACAGCUGAAACACAAACAAUUAUACAUUCACCUUCCAAUGGUCCACCAUCGUUGGUGAACAGUACCAGUCCAGCAACAACCUUGAUGCCAACAUUGUCAACAUCUUCGCCAACCAUUGGUGCACUGCCUCCUCGUGUUCCAGUACGUGUGACUUCUCCACCAGUGCAAGUUGGUACUGGGCCACCACCACCAGUUUUAGAACCUAUUUUACCCGCCACAUCUACUUCUAGUCUGCUUCCUAGUGUUCAUCCACCUGUUCAACCUACAAGGAGAAAACCAGGUAUUAAACGCAAGGCUGAUACAACUACACCAACGACAACACCAUCAACAGUUGGACCAGGAAUUUAUGACUUUGAGCCUGAGACGUCUCUUCUUCCAAACAAAGUUGCUCCAACACGUCGUGAAAGUGUACGCCAGAUAAAAAAGCCGAAGCGUGAUUUGCCAGAUGACGAGGUUAGCACGGUUGAUAAUCUUUUCCAGGCCCAGCAUAGUUCAAAAAACAAAAAAGGGAAGGUGUCUGAACAACUGAAGUAUUGUGCGAAUCUUGUCAAGGACCUUUUUUCAAAGAAACAUGGUGCUUAUGCUUGGCCCUUUUAUAAACCAGUUGAUGCACAAGCUUUGGGCCUUCAUGAUUAUUAUGACAUUAUCAAGAAGCCAAUGGACUUGGGAACAAUUAGAAGAAAAUUGGAAUCCCGUGAAUAUUCCACACCAAGUGAAGUGGCAGAGGAUGUGCGUGUAAUAUUUACCAACUGCUACCGAUAUAAUCCUCCAGAAAGUGAUGUUGUAAUGAUGGGAAGAAAAUUGCAGGAUGUAUUUGAAAUGAAAUAUGCUAAAAUGCCUGAUGAGCCUCCACCACCACCUGAACCAGAACAUCCACCGCCAGUGCUAACUGUUAUCAACAAAAUGGGGAAACUUAGUGAUAUGUCCUCAAGUAGUGGUUCAGAAGAUAGUGAUAUUGAUGAUGAUAGUGAAGAAGAAAGAGAAAAACAACUUAAAGAGCUUCAGGAACAGUUUCAAAAAAUACAAGAUCAGCUGGCUAAUCUCACUCGGGAACAUAUGAGCAGAUUAAAAGAAAAAAGAGAAAAGAAAAAGAAGAAAAAACGAACACACGAAAAGGACAAAGAAAGGGAAAAAUCCCAGGAAGUUGUUCCCAUUCCUCAACCUGCACCAGUUGCAUCAAUUCCUUUGACUCUAGACACAACAAAACAACCAAAGAAAAAAUCUAAACAAAAAUCUCCUAGUUCAAAAAGACAAAGGACUAAUAGUCGAUCUUCUUCAAAGAAAAAGUCUGUAAUGCUUGCUUCAGCGGCUGUGCCAGCAUUCGAUAGUGAUGAUGAGGAUAAUGCAAAGCCUAUGACUUACGACGAAAAAAGACAACUUAGUUUAGACAUAAAUAAAUUGCCAGGUGAUAAACUUGGUAGAGUGGUACAUAUUAUACAGUCCAGAGAACCGUCCUUGCGAGAUUCCAAUCCUGAUGAGAUAGAAAUAGACUUCGAAACAUUAAAGCCAUCAACUCUACGAGAAUUAGAAGCCUAUGUUAUGUCUUGCUUAAAGAAAAAGCCAAGAAAACCGUACACUAAGAAGACGCCAGGAAAAUCAAAAGAAGAACAGCAGCUUGAAAAGAAGAAAGAAUUAGAAAAACGUCUUCAAGGUGUACAAGCACAACUAAAUCCUGGUGGGAAAAAACUGUCUGGUGAAGGGGGCAAUGUUGAUGUGACUGGACCGAGUCGACUGAGUGCCAGUAGCAGCAGUUCUUCGGGUAGUGACACCAGCAGCGACAGUAGCUCAUCCAGUUCUUCUGAAUCCAGUGAUUCGGAUUCAGAAAAGACUCCUCAAAAGAAGAAGACGAUAAGUCCUCAGAAGGUGCCCCCUGGUAGUCCUGGCCGGUCUCCACCUGUGAAAAUCAACAUGGGCGGUCCGAUGCCAGUAGUCGUAUCAUCAUCACCUCCAUUGUCAUACUCUCAGCCAGUACACCCACCUUUCAUUGUACCACAAAUGUCUGAACCAGCUAGUCUUCCGACACCAGUAAUUAAACCCAAGCCACCUUCUCCUGAAAGAGUUGCUCCUAUGGUAACUCCAAAGCCUAUAACCCACUCGCAUAUGCCACAGCAGCCCAGUCGACCAACUGCCAUGGCAACAGCCAAGCCACAAAUUAGGAACACUAUUCCGGUAACCCCAAAUAUUGCUCCUGUCCGUCAGCCUCUCUCUCCUCCUGUGGAGGUUGUGUCACCACCCAAAAUGAAUCAAGAGAUUAAACGCCAGUCGCCAAGAAUACAGCAAUCUCCCGAAGAUCUGACUAAAGACCCUCUAAUGUUUUCCCUGACUGAUGAGGAAUCCAACAGCCCAAAACCAAGCCCUAAGCAUGCACCACCUGCACCUCCAGGAGCUACUGUUUCUGCUAGUGGUGUUAGAAUAGCAUAUGGAGUUGGGUCGUCAGUUCCACAGAUGUCACAGGAUCGCAGACUUGAUCAGAAGAUUCCAAUUCCUCCGUCACAAAUCAAGAAAUCAAACACGGAUGUGAAAUUAAAAAACACAGCUUCCUGGUCAAGUUUGGCAAAUGCAGCUCAGAACAUGGGACCAGGCUCUAACAAAAAGGCCAGUGCAAAACAAAGUUUUGAGCAGUUUAAAAAGCAAGCAAAAGAAAAGGAAGAAAGGGAACGUACAUUACGUGAACAAGAAUCUCUCCGUCGACAACAGAAAGAGAAGGCAGAACGUGAGAGAUUGCGUUUGGAACGUGAAAGACAACGUGAGAAGGAAGAAGAGGAAGCCCUGGAGUUGGCACAACAUUCCCAGUUGGCACAACAUACUCAGCAGCAACAACAGCAGGAAGAGUUACUGCGGCAACAAGAACUGGAACUAUUAAACCGCCAGAAGGAGCGCGAGAGACAGAGAGAACAAGAUCGACGUAGGAGAGAAGCUAUGGCCAACAAAAUUGACAUGAAUGCUCAGAGUGAGUUAAUGGCUUCGUUUGAAGAAAUGUUAUGAUAUGGAAUUCAGGUGACAUCACACUCCCAAGUGAUUUUCAUUCCACGAUACUGUGUACAAAACUGCAUCAUCUUGUCACUGGUACAUGCCAACAGAGGUGUUCAUUCACUGUCUCUAGUAUUGGAUUAGGUCAGCUUGGAUAGCAUGUUCAGCUGAGAGUAUGGGUUGGCUUCUAUUUUUACCAAGGAUCCCAAAGAACAAGACAGAAACUAGAUCAGACCAACAUAAACAGAUCUAAUGUGCUUGUAAUGCUGGGAUAGAACGGUGAUGAAAGCUAGGUAACAAAAAACUAAUAAACCAGAACCGGAGUAGUAAAGCUUUCUGAUACAUUGUAUGAAGGAACUUGGGGAAAAUAGGAAAUUCUGCCAGUAUUAUGUGAACUGCAUGCUAUAGUCUUGUUUGUUCACAGAAGAGGUGCGUUGCAAAAUGUUGCCAAUUCAUAUCAUAAUUCUUAGCAUGUUAAGUUAUUAUAACAUGUUAUCAUUGCUUCGUAGUUUGGACAUCUGAUGUUGUCGGUUUUGUUCGUAUGAAGUGCACAGACACCAAUAAAUGUUUGUAUUUGAGAAAGUAGCAGACAUAUAUUUGCAUCACAUGGUACGCACUAAUAAUUUUGACGUGUACAUUUUGUUCCACCUGUGCAUUAACUGUUUAUGAACCAACCUAACUUCUUAGAUAAUUCAUUCACAGCAAAAACUAUUGAAUUACUCUAUGCAGGAAGCAUGAUUUGGCUCUUGUUUCUAUAUGAAAAAGAGUUCUUGUUUCAUUGGAAGAAUGUGCUCAAGAUAAUAAGGUUGUUGCUUCAUUAAUGAAGACAAUUAGAAGAAAAUUGUUGCAAUUUUCAAGAAACAUUUUGUACCUCUUUUUUUUUUCUCUUUUUUUUUUUCUUUUUUUUUUCAGAGUAUUAUUUUUGUGUGAAACUGUUCAGUUUAAAUUAAAAAUUAUAUAUUUUUAGAAAUCUGAGUUCAGGUGGAAGACCUAUUGGUGACUGAAAUACUUAAGAAAAGAGGUCACUUGAUUUUGCUGUUUUAAUAAAUGGAAUCCCAGCACAUUACUAUAGUUCAGUAGAUUUUUAGUAGAUUUUUCCUACAUUGUGCUUGUUUUAUGGUUCAUGGCAUUUUAAGCCAUGGGAUAAAAUAGAAUGUUAGGAAUUACAAAAGUAAUUCUGAUAAAUAAUUGCUAACAAUUGUAAACUGUUACUUACUAGCAAUGUUGUUUUUAAAGUAAUUUUGAAACUUUCUCCCCCCACAGUCUGGCAAAGAAUUGAUAAUUAUUUACUUUAUGUAAAAACUACAAAUAUGUUAAUAUAUUAGUUAUCAAAUAUGAGUAAUUUACCAAUGUAGCCUGCAUUUGUAAUAUUCUAACUGCAAUACAAAACUGGUAGUGCCAAUCAUGGAUAGUAAAGAUGGACAAAAUUAAAUGAAAGCAUUUUUUUAUUUAUUUCAUGCAUAGUUUUGUUUUAAUUUUUACAAACGGUAUAAAAGUAAAGCUACAGUGACACAUUUAAAAACAACUUCUGCCAUGCUGUUUAUAUUUUUACAACUGAUCUUUUAUGUGGAUCAAGAAAUUGUUGAUAAAGUAAUGGAACAGUUUCAGUUAUAGUGUGUUGACCAGCCAAUGGACAGUUGAUGGUGCAAACUAUUCAGUUAACUAAGAUUAUUUUGGAUCAACUUCAGUUUAUAAGCUACAAACCUUGACUGUCCUGUUCACACAAAAAGGUAUCCUUAUUUUCAGCCACAUGUGUUCUUUAUAUUUGUACAUUCUGUGAAUUAUAAGUAAUUUCAGUUUAUCAGUUGUAUCACUUUAAAAAAAAAAAAAAGUUUGUUAAAUGAAAGUAAAUUUUAUUACUUUUAAAAUGGAAAUACAAUAUUAAUAUGCAAAAUUAUUUUUAUGUUUGAUGUUAAAUUUAUCUGUUAGCUUAUCCGUAAAAAUAUGUUCUAAAUGUAAUAUUUUUAAUGGCUCUUCCUGUUAAAAGAAAUCAGAACUGUGGUUGCACUGCCUAAUAUUAAUAUUUUUCAAUAAAACUUCUCAUAUCAAGUAUUUAUUCUCAUAGAACUAAUUAUAUAUUACAAACGUGGAUUGUGUAUAAUCUGUAGUAUUGCUGUCAUAGUUAUUAGUAUAACUUUAUUGCAAGAUUUCUGUGUAUUGACUAGAGUAAAAAUUGAUUCUUGAAAUUCAUAACACAUUUGUAAAUUGUCUUCAGUGCAACGUAUCUUCUUUGUUGAGAAAAACAAAUAUAAAACUAUAGCUGCCACAUGUAGACUGCUGCUGCUACUAAUUAGCAUAUUUCAUUGUAAUUUCAUUAUAAUUUCUUGUGAAACUACUGAUUUGUAAGUGUCUUGUGGAAAGCAACAACAAAGUGCAAUUGAGGGUGUGUGUAGUUGUAAACUUGCAUAUGGAGUUGAUCUCGAUUAUUAAUGCUGCAACUCAUUGCAGUUGUAUGUAAAACGAUUUUCAUUAUGAAUAUAUAUUUUUCAGUAUGUCUAAUAUUUUUCAGUUUGAGUUUCAUACUUAUAUAUGACCGUGUCAUAUUUAUUUAUAAAUGUUUGUGUAAAUUUUGUCAGUAAAAACAGUUUGAGACAAAUACAAUAGUUUUUUUCCAUGUCUAAUGUAUGAUUGUGUAAAUGAUAAUGUAGAAAGUGUGAAUUACAUAAUGGGGAAAAUCUAAUUUAAAAGGAUAUUCCAUCUUGCUUGUAAGAUUGCUGUUAUGCUUGUGUGCAUGAAUUUUAUUAUGGAAGCUGCUUUGUACAUUGCUGUGGCAUCAGUUUCUUGGAAUCUGACAAUAAAUUGUUGAGAGAUAUAUAUAUGAAUAUAUAUAUAUAUAUAUAUAUAUAAAUAUAAAUAUA